UCAACAACACUUGUCUUUCUCUCUCUCUCUCUCUCUCUCUCUCUCUCUGACAACUGAACUCUACAAACCCCAAUCUUCGCAUUCUAUCUCUUUUCGGAUUUCAUUAAAGAAAUUGAUUGGCGGUUUUGAUCGAAGAUGGGAUCUGGAGCUGGCAAUUUACUCAAGCUCAUCGCUCAAAACUUUGACAUUCUUGCAGGCCCGGUGGUUAGUCUGGCUUAUCCUCUAUAUGCUUCAGUGAGAGCAAUAGAGACAAAAUCUCCAGUCGAUGAUCAACAAUGGCUUACAUAUUGGGUUUUGUAUUCCAUGAUUACUCUGUUUGAGCUAACUUUCGCUAAACUCAUUGAAUGGAUCCCAUUUUGGUCAUAUGCAAAGCUGAUUGUAACAUGCUGGUUAGUGAUACCAUACUUCAGUGGUGCUGCAUAUGUUUAUGAGCAAUAUGUUCGACCUUUUUACAAUGGAAAACAAACCAUUAACAUUUGGUAUGUUCCAAGAAAGAAAGAUGUAUUCAGUAAACCAGAUGACAUUUUAGUUGCUGCUGAAAAAUACAUUCAAGAAAAUGGUCCUGAUGCAUUUCAAGAAAUCAUCCAUCGUUCUGAUAGGGAAGUGAGGUAUAGAGGUAGUAGCAACAUCUUUGGUGAAGAUGAUCACAGAUUUUGAGGAUUUGGAAGGGAGUUUGUCUUUGUGUUGAUUGUUAUAUGAUAUGAUAUGGUAAUGUUUGAGUGUUAACCAUGUUGAUGUUGUAGGUUUCUUAAAUUUGAUCCUAGAAAUAUUGUUCUUUUUUGUUUGUGUAUAUUGGGUUGACUUUUAUGCACAUAUUUCUUAAUAACACAUUAUCCGUUUUGUCUUCUA